CUGGUGUUAUACUCCAGGAAUACAAAAUGCUUUGUGGUGCUACACCUGAGUCAGAGAGUGCGUCCAUGCUGCAUCCUCCAAAAACUCUGCGCCGCCAGUAAAGAUUCCACAGAUAUUUAUGUGGUGGGAAAAAAAGCUGAUAGAAUGCCAAUUUGUGGAAAUGUGGAAGUCGACGACAAUCCUCCACAGGCCCAGUUCAAAUGGCUUGACAGCUCCCUAAAGCAUUCUGAAUUCUGUUCAGAAACAAACAAAUCUGACAUCAAAUUAUGCCAAAAUGGAACAGUUGUGGUGGUGAGGCUGAAUGAGCAGUGUGUUGUUGCUAUGCCUACUGGCAACCCAAAUGCUACAACAGUACAACCCAGCACGACCCCCAUGUCUGUAAAUGGGACUUCAUCCAUCCCAAACACAACAGCAGAAACAACACAACAGAACACAACAAUCGUCCUCAAUGUAACCACAGCGACACUUAACACAACUGUUAAUGCUACGACCACAACGACACUUAACACAACUGUUAACGCCACCACCACAAUGACACUCAACACAACUGUAAACGCCACCACCACACCAACACUCAACAUAACUGUUAACGCCACCACAACGACACUCAACACAACUGUUAACGCCACCACAACGACACUCAACACAACUGUUAUUGCCACCACCACAGCAACACUUAACACAACUGUUAUUGCCACCACCACAGCAACACUUAACACAACUCUUAGCAUCAUGACCACAACACCAAACAGAACAACAAUCACUACAACAACAUCAUUUUCUGAGACCACUUCGGGGAUCACAACAGCAAAUGCAACUGCUGAAGGAGAAGCCAACGCACUGCUUGACCUGACCAAAGACAUCUCCAGCCUGUCCUCAGAGCAGAUAGACCAGCUGGUGUCUCAACUGGAGGGUCUUUUGUCGGGCCCAACUGUCAGCUUGGCGCUGGGAAACCUCUCCAUCAACAUCAUCAGCAAUCUGCUGGACGCCUCACCCGAGACGCUGUUGAGCUCCUCUGAGAGGAUGAUAGGCAUCACUGACACGGUGGGGUUGAAGCUGGUCAUCGGAGAAAAUCCCCAAACUCUGUUGUCCCCAGCUGUGGCUUUGUCUGUGAAACCAGCAGAUGGAACCAAUUUCCAGGAGGCUGUCUUUACAAUCUCAAACCCCGAUAACGUACAGGUCCGUGGGGAUCAGAGGAUGAAGAGAAAUGUAAUGAGAGACUCCUCCGCCCCUCAAGGCUCCAUCAGGCUGCCCCCCUCGCUCACCGAGGGCCUAACCCCAGAGGAACAGCAGCUGGUCUCCAGAGUUCAGUUUAAUUUCUACCAGAAAAGCACACUGUUCCAGGACAAGUCACUGGGAGAAAGGAAACUGAAUAGUGGGAUCUUGGGAGCAAGUGUGGCCAAUCUGUCAAUCACAGGACUUAAAGACAGUGUUGUAAUAAAACUGAGAAAUAUUGAACCAGUGCCAGGUAAUUAUGUGGCUACAUGUGUUUACUGGGACUUCGAACUUAACAGCGGUUCGGGGGGUUGGAAUUCAGAUGGAUGCUCUGUUCAGAACAGCACAGACGAUGAAACAAUUUGUGGCUGCAACCACUUAACUAGUUUUGCCAUCCUGCUGGCCCUCGACAGAGAGCCCUCAAUCUCUCGUGAACAGGCCACCAUUCUCACCUUUAUCACGUACAUUGGAUGUGGAGUUUCUGCCAUCUUCCUGUCUAUCACCCUCCUCACAUACUUGACCUUUGGGAAGUUGCGUAAAGACAUCCCAUCCAAUAUCCUGAUCCAUCUGUGCACCGCCCUGCUGUUCCUAAACCUCGUCUUCCUGGUGGAUGCAUGGCUGGCGCUCUAUCCAGACGCGGAGGGACUCUGUAUUUCCACUGCCUGGUUCCUCCACUACUUCCUGCUGGCCUCCUUCACUUGGAUGGGACUGGAGGGUGUCCACAUGUACUUGACUAUUGUGAAAGUUUUCAACAGCCACAUUUCCCGCUACAUGCUGAAGUUCUCGCUGUUGGGCUGGGGUGUACCAAUGAUAGUGGUCAUAAUUGUCAUUGCAAUUGACAAAAAUAACUAUGGCCUUGUGUCCUACGGGAGGUUUACGGAUGGCACGAGUGAUGAAUUCUGCUGGCUGACAAAUGAUGUUGCCUUCUAUGUGGCUGUGGUGGCAUAUUACUGUGUCAUUUUCGUCUUCAACGUCAUCAUGUUCAUUUUAGUGUUGGUCCAGAUCCGCCGGAUAAAGAGGCAGAACCCUCACAACGCUCAACACCGCACCACGUUGCAGGAUAUCCGCAGCGUGGCAGGAAUUACUAUCCUCUUGGGCCUCACCUGGGGUUUUGCCUUUUUCUCCUGGGGGCCUGUUAACCUAGCAUUCAUGUACCUCUUUGCCAUCUUUAACUCUCUGCAAGGUCUCUUCAUAUUUCUUUUCCACUGUGCGGUGAAGGAAAAUGUGAGGAAGCAGUGGAGGACCUACCUGUGCUGUGGCAGGAUGAGACUUCCAGAGAACUCAGAAUGGAGUCGUACAGCAACACAAAAGACUGUGAAUAGAUUUUCACUGAGCAAUGUGACAUCUGUUAACUCUUCAAACUCCUCGCGUGGUAACAACAUAUCCAGCUCCUCUUUCAUAGUCAGUGAAUCUUCAGAACAGAUGACCGGCAUCAGUAGCCCAUUUGAAGACAGAGCAAUCACGGCUGAUGAACUAAACAUGGAUGUGGUCCUCAACGAGAUCAACAAUCAGUACAGAAAUCAGCAUGGAUCCUGA